CUACAAAUCUAUUACAUUUAUUGAGCAAUGUCUACAGAUGAAUCGGGGGUAAAGACAAGUGCUGUAGCAGAACCAGAGGGCACUGAACCAAGUCAGGAACCUCCCACCUUACCUCCCCCCACACCUUCCACCUUACCUCCCACACCUUCUCAAAGCUCUUCAGAGGUUGCUGCAGACGAGCCUGCUGCAUGUUUGAGUACAGAAGAAGUUCAAAAAGAUACUGCCAAUAAGGUAGAGAUUUCCUCUGUGUGCACUUCCCCUGAUAAAAAAUGCAGUGGAGUUAGAAGCGAAAUCAAAAUUAGUAAACGGCCGAUGAAGAAAAGGAGAGAAAGCCCAUACGGAAGAGGCGGUUACUACAGACCAGAUACAGGGAGAAUGCCACACGGAUAUCAUUUCUCACCAGAGUACAUGGUUGAACAGAAUCCUGCAAUUAUGAUGAUGGGUGCCCAACAUUCUAUUCCCAUGAUGCCAGGCAUGACUCCCCAACAUUUCCAACAAAUGGGCAGUCCACACAUGCAAGCUAUUACUCAAGAACAGCAGAUCUACAUGAUGGCUGCCAUGCAGCAACGUGCUUUACAGCAGCAACAGCAACAGCAGCAGCUACAACAAGCUCAACAACAGCAAAUGAUGCAACAGCAGAUGUUACAGCAGAUGAAAGUGAAACAGAGCCAAGCUUUGGCUCAACUCAUGGCCCAGCAGCCUCAACAGAUGAUGGCACACCAAGUACAGAUGGGACAGCAAGUUCACCCCAUGAUGCUACAACAACAACAACAACAAGCUCAGUUGCAGGGCUACAUAGCUGGACAAGCUCUCCCUGGACAACAAAUGCAGUACAUGAUGGCACCCAUGUCUAUAGAACAGCAGCAACCUCACAUAAUGGCAGCAAUGCAACAACAGGCUGUAGAGCAACAACAACAGCAGCAAAUAGAACAACAGAAUAAGACAAACCAAGAUCUAGCUCGAACGUUUGCCAUGGUACAAAAGGCUUCCAUUGAGGGUCGGGAUACAGUCACCUUGACACCUGAGCAAAUCACCCAGUAUAUGCAGUAUUGUAUGGCGCAGCAGCAGGCUGCCAGUGCAGUUCCUGGUGGCCAGAGCAUGGUACCACCUCCUCCUCCCUGAUAAUCUACCUACUUACUUUAAAUUGGAUUUUUACUCAAUACACUGCCUGAUUGAUUGUUGGUCUAAAUUGUUGGUCUUAUAAUUGGACACUUGAAUUAUGUACCUUCACAGUUAUUGGUAAAAUGUUUACGUUAUGAUCUUAUUUAAUUUAUUUUUCAUGAACUCCACUAUCAAUGGAAAGUUUGAAAAUUUCUGCUGUUUUUUGAAUUUUUAUGAUAUUGUUCUAUAAAUUGAAUUAUUCUUAUAAUUUUUAGGGAUCAUUGUAGAGAAAUUGUGGGGCGAUUUGUAUGAUUUAGAGAUGCAUAUGCUUAAUUUCACCAGAAAUCAUUUCAUUAUUAAUAUCCUUUAAUUUUAGUUUACUUCUUAACCUAACAACAGUUUUAAUGGAUUGUUUCUUUAGAAAAAUCAGUACCUUAUAUAUAUAUAUAACUGCCAUUGUGCGAUACUUGAGCUUCCUCUUAUAGAACCAGAAGUGCCUGGGAAAAAUGGCGAAGGAUUCUUAAGAAAGUGCCGGUUUUGUGCUCACAGUGGUUGUCAGAGAUAAGAUAUCACAUACCAUCCGUGCCACAGGCACAAUAUAAAUUGUCUUGAAGUCAAAAGCAUGGUAUUACAAUCAACCAGUCAAUAUAUCAGCCAGUCCCGGUAAACCCUACUCUUGAAUAACUAGAUAACUCUACAUGGAGAGUUUAGAAUGACUGCUGUUGGUUAAUACUGAGAUACCUCCUAUAAUGUUACUGUUAAUUCUCUUUCAUCCAUCUUUUCUUAGCAAUUAUAAAUUCUCUCGGACAAGGGAACCGGAAUGUUAUGCACCCUGUUAACAUACCAAAUUGUUGAGGAAACAAAUAAAAUCUUUAUUUUUAAUGCUUUUGACUUUUCAUGCAAACAUAAUAGAAUUGAUGUUUGCGUUUUGGAUUUUUUGAAUUUUCAGUUAAUAUUCUUCCACUUUGGGUUGAAUGGUAUAGUACCCUGGCCCUGGUAGGGUAUAGUAUCCUAGUAACCCUAGUAUCCUAGUAACCAAGGUUCUUAGCAUAUAUAUUUCAGUUGUGCGGUUCACAUAAUAUAUAAUAUUAACGUGUUCUAUCUAAAUUUCAUGGUGAAUCUUUUGACGGCAGUACAUGAUGUAAUGUAACAAAACUCCAGUUUCAUUGUCAA